GUGAGCACGUAGUACUUCUGGCGACAUCACCUGGCGGCGCUGGUGACGCGGAGAAACAUAGGUGUUGAAGUUGCUUCUCAUCUGCCCAUGCUGCCCCUCUCACCGCAUCAUGAUUUCUCAAUACUAAUUCCUUUGGCUCUUCAUUAAAGGGUCUAUCCUCGUGAGUGAGCCACAUGAAGCACACGUCGGCAUCACCACCCUUGGCUUGACACGCUCCCACAACAACAAGGAGCAAGGAAGCGGAGUGUGACCAGCGUUGUGGCAGCAACACAGAGGCAGGCAGCCUGAAGGAAGGCCAGCAACACAGAGGCAGGCAGCCUGAAGGAAGGCCAGCAACACAGAGGCAGGCAGCCUGAAGGAAGGCCAGCAACACAGAGGCAGGCAGCCUGAAGGAAGGCCAGCAACACAGAGGCAGGCAGCCUGAAGGAAGUCCAGCAACACAGAGGCAGGCAGCCUGAAGGAAGGCCAGCAACACAGAGGCAGGCAGCCUGAAGGAAGGCCAGCAACACAGAGCCAGACAGCCUGAAGGAAGGCCAGCAACACAGAGGCAGGCAGCCUGAAGGAAGGCCAGCAACACAGAGGCAGGCAGCCUGAAGGAAGGCCAGCAACACAGAGGCAGGCAGCCUGAAGGAAGGCCAGCAACACAGAGGCAGGCAGCCUGUAGGAAGGCCAGCAACACAGAGGCAGGCAGCCUGAAGGAAGGCCAGCAAGACAGAGGCAGGCAGCCUGAAGGAAGGCCAGCAACACAGAAGGCAGUUUGAGCCAUGGAUGACAACGUGGAGGAGUGUCCAGUGUGCCUCACCACCUUUGACGACACCCUCAGGCGGCCACGCAACUUGCCCUGUGGCCAUACAUUGUGCUCGCCGUGCAUUGACGGACUGAAGCAGCAGGGUGCCGUCACGUGCCCCACCUGCUGGGUGAGUCACACCGUGCCUGAGGCGGGCCAGUUCCCCAUCUCCUUUAUUACGGAGGGCUUUAUCAGGAGACUGAGAAGACUGGUCUCUCUGCCAGCCGAGCCAGGGAAGCAGGCAGCCCCACCAGUGACACGGCCUGCAUCAAAGGCGACAACGGGACUCAGCAGGAAGGCACAGUCCCUGCUGCAGGAGCAAGAGGUGAAGGUCCUGGCUGCCAUCCGCUCCUGCCAGGAGGAGCAGAGCCAGCUGGCCGAGUACCUGACAACCCUCGGUGGCUGGAGCAGUCGCCAGCAGCGGCUGCAAGACGAGCUGCAGACGCUGGUGGACCAGAGCAAGAGUGCCCGGGAAGCGGUGCGCCGCGAGGAGUCCCGGGUAGAGGGCAGGCAGGAGGAGGUGCGGCAGAAGGAGCAGCAGCUGCACGCCGCGCUACAGUCGCUGCGCACGGCCGCAACACGGCAGGAAGCUUACGAGGUCAUUGAGGACACAGACCUUCUGGUGGAGGACAGUCAGACAGAGGGGUGUCUGGGAGUGUUUCCCGACGUCCACGCCGUCACCACCGUCACCAAGGUGGCACAGGCAUCGCUCGCAGCCCUGCAGGCCGCCACCGCUGCCGCUGCUGCCACACAGGCAGCCCUGGAGGCAGUGGGCACUGCUGCUGCAGCCUCGGGGAACUCCAGACUCCCAGCAGCCUUGGCCGAGGCCUCCUCCAUCGCGGAUAGGCUGCAGGCCCUACUGGCGCCGCCCCUGACGUCCGAGGACCUGCACAGCCUAACACAGCCUGCCAGGGGCCUGGUGGAGGCUGGCCGUGUCUUCGCCGUCCACGACAUGGAGGGACAGACUCGGCACGCAAGGAUCAGCCUUGAAGACGGCAGCCUUUACCUCCACUCCCUGCAGGCCCAGGCCCUGCCGAACCUCACCGCCACCCUGCAGAUGGGGAAGGUGGUGCCGGCCGACCCCCCCCUGCGAGGUGUUCCUGGACCUGGCGUGGCCCGGCAGCGUGGCGCGGCGGGUGGUGGUGAGUCUACCCAAGGACACCCCCGUGGGCCGGCAGUUCAUGCUGCUGUGCUCGGGCCAGCGGGGCGCCUGCUACGCCAACACCAGGCUGUUUGAGGUGAUGUUUGAGGGAGGGCCGGGGGAGUGUGUGGUGGGAGGAGACUACCAGACAGGUGAUGGGACGGGAGGAGCCGCCCUGCUGCCUUGCCUUUACCAGGGUGAGUACAGGGAGUCAGGCAAGGCGGGGACUGUGUGGUGCCUGUGGCGUGGUGACCCAGCCCGUGGUGCUCAGUUCAACAUCACCACCCGGGACGUGCAGCGUGGUAGUGUUUGGCAUGGUGUCUUUGGCCAGGUGGUGCGGGGCCUGGAGGUAGUGCAGGAGGCAGCCCGGUACCGCCCCAUUACUGAGGUGACUGUGGUGCAGUGUGGCGUGGUGCUGUCACGGUAGUGCUGCACCACACCACUGCCAAUAUUAUUAUUAUUAUUUAUUUUUUUUGUUAUUUUUUUAAGAGGAAAGAAGCAAACACACACACACACACACACACACACACACACACACACACACACACACACACACACACACACACACACACACACACACACGGACACGGACACACAGACAGACAUACAGACAGACACACAUACAGACAGACAUACACACAAAGUUCAGCGUGCAUGUCGUGGUGCUGGCAGUGUGUUGUGAUGGUGGCGGUUGUUGGUGUAAAUACUGGCGGCAGGACACACCACUUCACACAUUGGUCCUUCAUUAACAACACAAAUAAAGUUUUCAUCAGCAAACACUUCUGUCACCAGUGUUCACAUCACUGGUCCACACUGUCUCAUCUUGCUUCUCCUCAAUAACAUUAUUGUACAAACACAAAUCUUGCCUUUCAUUUUCCCUCAAGUGGAAGUGAAAGGCCGCGCUGCACCCUCAGUUACACUUGUGCUCCUCUUAUCAACAUUACCAUUGUUGUUACUACUACUACUAUUAUUAUCAUCAUCAUUAUUAUU